UUGCUACGUAGAAACGUAUGGUUUGCUAGCACGUUACAGAAAACGACAUGUACAAAUGUAUGGUACAUUGGCACGUAACAUAUAAUGGAACGUGCAAACUUAUGUUACGUUGUAAUGUCACGUAAGAAAAUGUCAUGUUGACACAUUGCUACGUAGAAUCUUAUGGUAUGCUGGCAGUAGCAAAAAUGGCACGUACAAACGUAUGGUACAUUGGCACUUUAAAAGAACCAAAACCAGAGCCUUUUUAGUGGCUCCUGGAACUAUAGUGUUCAAAAUACUUUGAGCCAAAUGCAGAAACAUAAAUUAUAAAUCAUUUUCAGUUUUAGCUCCUCCUGAUUGUUUCUUGCUCAUCUCAGUCCAGGCUGAAUGAAAAUGACUUGCAUUAGAUGGUAGAUUAACAUGCCUGCUAACUAAUUAAAACUCGAUUCGUUAAAUACAAUGCUUUGAUACCUGCUGUAGUAAAUAGUCAAAUAAACUUUUGCGUCAUUUGGAAGGUGGUCGCCUUAAAGAAAUUUCAAUGAAGAGGGACUUGAAAGAGGUUUCACUCUAAACUGUCAUAAAAUUCUUUUGAGUAAUAGGUUUACAGAAACAAUAAUGCAGAUUCCAAAUGUUUGCAUCUUUCUUAUGCUUUCAAGUCUGGCAUUGUUCCUUACACGUGCUGGAUCAUGGAUUCUACGUCUGCCAUGCAAAGAAGAGGGAGUGUUUGAUGUUGCAUCUCCAGGCUACGCACUUUAUAAUCGAUUGCUUUCAACAUUGACAGCUUCAAGUUUAGAAGAUUGUUUUGAUAAUUGCAGAAUUACUAAAAGAUGUAAGUCUGUAAAUUUCAAAGUAUCUGGUGAAGGUAACUGCGAGCUGAAUACUCAAACAAAGGGGAAUGGUAACCUGGUAGAUUUCAAGACCAAAGAUGGCUGGACCUAUUAUGCUACAAAUUACAACACUAAAAAUAUUGGUUCUUACUGCGAGUUAUCAAAGCCUUGCAGGCAGUCAGAGUACUGCAUUGACACGUGCUCGUGCCCAGGCUUUAGGUGUUUCGAUUGCAGCGGUAAAUACAAACUGAAUGAUGAAUUGCAAUGCGUUGAAAAUAUAGCAUUAAACAAGCCAGCGGUACUAUCGACACAAUAUGAUUCACGAACAUUUGCAGCCAACGCAGUUGAUGGUAGCUUAGUAGGGAAUCACGCAACAUGUGCCAUUACAAAACAUCAGGAAUUUCCUCCAUGGUUUCGUGUUGAUCUACAACAAAAACUUCCUGUUCGAUCAGUUGCUUUGCAAAACAGACAAUACUGUUGCUGGCAUCGAAUGAACCCAUUUGAUGUUCGCGUCGGCAUGAGUCUGGAGAAUGAUGGUAGAGUGAAUCCUAAAUGCGUCAACGGUGCCAGUUUUACCCAGAUAAACCAAUACCUCAGUUUGGGAUGUCCUUCAGUAAUGUACGGCCGUUACGUCAUUGUGUUAGCUGAGACUCGAACGAUAAUGGAGCUUUGCGAGCUAGAGGUUUAUUCAUAAGAACAAUUUUUUAUAUUAUGUAGAAACUAAAAAGAGAUUGUAACUCGAAUACAAAUUUUGCACAACUGGUUUAUUUUCCUGAAGUGGCGUCAGCUGUUUGAGGGAGCUCUUCUAGUGAAAGGUGUGGCGGAUGCUUUGGGUGCCUAUAUGAAAAAUAUAGGGGACAUGGUUAUUGAAUUUUUAACGCUACACAAGACCUAGAAUUAGUUUUUUUAUCCCAUAUAAAGUUUACAAUGACGAAUUACUAACUAACGAAAUUACUAUACAACACUGCGAAGACAAUGCCAGGAAGAGCAGAAUAUCAUGACUACCCCCUGGCUUUUAACAUCUAUCUAAAACACAACUCGGAAUAAUACUUUUUAAUGCAUGAAUGAUUUUACAAAAUAAAAUGAAAAAUAAUUACGAUUUACGAGAAAUUAAGAGAAAGAAGAAUUACAAGUUUUUGUUUCUUAUUCAAAACGUUUUGACGCGUGGAUAAAAGCUAGCGUUGCUUGAACAAUUUUUGCAUUUGAUUCGGGAGAUGAUUGUACAUGGCCGUACAGGAUGACUUUCAACAACUCUGUAUUUGAGAGCCUUAUUAAACCAUGAAGCCACAAUAUCGCAUUUAUUCUCCUGAGAAGAUCCCGUCUAUCUGCUUGAAAUUAUGCUUAAAUUUAUGAAAGUUUAACUUACCAUUUGGUUAGUUAAGAUUUUCCAUUUGGUUAGUUAAGACAACACUAUCACUUUUUUCACAAAUUUUUGGUUGGAUGUGAUAUAAGACAUCAUCAUAGUCUAGAUGCGGUCGAACAUAAAGUUUGUACAUUUCAUCGAGGGUGUGUCGUGGUAAGUAUUUUUAGAAAUAUCUCAACAGUUCUAUUCCUUGCCUCGCAAUUCAUGUAAUGUUAUAUGUUUAUAUUAGAAAAAAGAACAUACUAUUAGACUUGACCGUAAUUUAUUCAAAGUAUUUUAAGAUUUAGUCUUUUGUCUUUUGUAAUACAGCGAGGCUGAAAAUCUUGCUCUUGUUGUACUUUCCAAAGCGUAACAUGGAUGCCCAUAAUCCUUUGCACAUUGGAUUUUUGCUACCCAAGCAAUCUUAGGUACCCUGUUACAAAAAUUUAUUUUCUAUAACCCUUAAUAUGUCAAAUAUUCUUUUUAGUAUUUAUGCAAAUAUUUAAAAUUCUUAAAUAUCAUAAAAAAACAAUCAUUUUUGAAGCAACGUCACAAAACUUGGCAUCAUGAUUUUAGUAUCCCAGCUUUUCCAAAGUUUGGAAUUUUUAAACGAAAUGACUUCUUCCUAUUGAAUGGCGGCUUAGCACAGUGUUUCUUUAGUUAAAAUUACGAAGCAAUAUUUCGUUGAAAGUUUGAUACCAGCUUAAAAUUAUUCAAUUCACCUUAAAUUCAUAGUUAAUUUGUAGCGUUAGCUGAACGAUUAAAGCUUCAAAUUAAAGGGCAUGUGUCGUUAACAUGAUUGGCUAAUGCAAUACAAUUAUCUCUUUUGUUUUGUACAAAGCAUGGAAUCGAGGGUGAAUUUUUACGGCAGUAAAAAUUCAAGAAGAAGCAAUAAAAAGUCACGAAACAAUGGAAUUCCACUCCAAACGCUUUUGUUUUAUUAGCCAACUGCUAAUGCGACAUAUGCCCUAAAAUAAGAUCAUUUAUGAAUUAUGCUGAUUUUCUCCAAAACUUUUGGCUUUGAUUAGUUCAACUAUGUUGUAAUUAAGUUGCAAAAUACAUAAAAAGCGUUUUAUAUUUAAUUGACAAGUUGAAUGCGAAUAGGCUGCUACAAUGGGUGAUUUUGUUAAGGAUUCCAUUUCUUAAUUUACCUUGUUCGAUUCCAUUAGCAAUAAUCUACCUAGUUCAACACCCUCACUCUCCUUCUAUUUACUUGCUAAUGAUACAAACAUUUACUUUGAAGCUCAAAGUCUUACAAGGUUAAGAAUUGCUAGAUUUAAACAUGUUUGCACUAACCAUUAAUAAAACUAAUUCCGUAACAUUUAAGUCUUUGUAACAUUCAUUCUCAGAAACUGUUAACAUCAAAAUAGCAAAGGAAUUAAUAUAGAAAACUAGGUACCCUAAUACCCUGCUUGUAGGUGCACCUCAUUUAAAGGCGCAUGCGCUUAUAAGUGGGUUUCUUUAUCUUAACAAUAUUUCGAGAGAAAUUAAAAAAAAGAAACAGCAGUAUGGCUAUCAAUUUGCUCUCUAACAAAGUUUACAUCCUUCCUAGAUUAUGUUUCUUGCAUUAUCGAUUUCUUUAAAAAAUCCUUUGUAUAUUAACUGACAUGAUGGUGGAAACAACCUUGAUGAAGAAGAGCUGAAUGGAGAUAUAAUGACCAUUAAUAAUGAUUCAGAUCCUGAGGAAGUUUAUACUGAAUAACUGUCAGAAUAUCUAGAAUCUACUUUUGAAACAUUACUCACACCAUUUUAUUGUUACAAUAUCAUUUCUUAUAAGCACAUGCACCUGUAUCCGAAUCGUUUUUUUUGUACCCUGUAAAAAGGCAAAAUGAUGAAUUCCGUUUAGAAGCACAUGAGUUAUUUUGAAUGAAACAUUUAGUUAAAAAAUAAUAUUUAUCUGAACUUGCAAAAAUGUUGGCCAGAACAUGUGACUCUUUUUUCAAGAUAAUAUAUUUUUACUCCAUAUUAUGUUUUGAUCUGUGAAUGCAAUCAAUCGUUCUUUCUUUUUCCAGUUUGAUAUUCAUAGCAAGCGUGUUUAUUUGUUGCUAAAAAGAUUUGUAGAAGCUGUUGUCUUUGAAAAUUUAACAGCACCCUCCAGUUAUCAUGUCUAGCAUGAAGAUUUUGAAGCUGGAAAACUCUUUAGUUAAAUUGCUUUGCUUUAAUCAUCUUUUUGUCAAAGAGUACUCACCUCAUUGAUAUCCCCAUUGUUCUUGAUUUUAUGACAAAUGUUCACCAAUAUCAGACAUGGCAAGUCACAAUGGCUUCUACAUUUUCUAAUUAAGGAUAACUACUUUUCAAUAUGGUCUCAGGUCUGUGCGUCUUUGGUGCAAGAUGUCUGUUGUCACUAUUGUUUUGUCACCCAUGUAAAUAGGUACUUACGCUGGUGCUAAAUAGGUACUUACGCUUGUAACUAGCUCUUCUACUGAGAGGGCCCCUAUAAUAAUCAGGGCUUCAAGAACUGAAAGUGAGUCAUUCAGACCCCGUUUACACGAGAGCGGAUCCGAACAGGAUCGGAUCUAAAAUAGUACGGAUAGGCCUUGCGUUUACAUGGGAACUGGUGGAUCUGUAUACUUUUGAAUCCGUAGGUAAAUUCAUAGUCAACCCUCUCUCUUCCCACCAACAAGGCCUUCUUGUCAACGGCCCUGGCUAAAAGCGUGCUUCUCUCGUCUGUGAUAUCAAACUAGGCCUGUCUAAAUUUUUCGAAUCUCCCAAAGCAAGUCUAUAGAAGUUGGUCAUCUAUCAAGUGCUUAAUCAUCAGAGGCAGUUGUUUCACCAAAGUAGCUCCAAAGCCAUUUGCACCAAAGCAGCUCUUUCGAAAAUGUUCCCAAUUUUUGAAGACUGUUCCCGUCUUUAUCUGCUUGCUCUUCUACACAUAAGAGAAAAUAUGCUUUACCAUAAUUUAAUAGAAGCCUUUAAUUGUUUGUUUCUUCUUUUUCAAUUCUUUCCAACAUAUGAGAAUAUACUCAAGUUUGACCUUCUAUAAAAUGACAUAUUAGUCUGGUAUGAAGGCGCAACAGUAUGAUACCAACAUGAACACUUUACAGCCUAUGUAGAUUGAGGUGUAAAAAUGAUGCGUAACAGACUCAAGCCGAACAAUUUAAACGCUAAAAACUAUUUAAAACCUUUAACUUGGUCCCAAUCCUGAAAAUGAAAAUAGUCACUUGCGAGCAAUUUAACAAGUGUAUGUCUGCAAAAUUUUAUCUUCAUAUACAAUCUGAAGUUUGAAAAAUCAUGCCAAGAUAAUAAGGUCCUCAAAUUACCCCAUCUCUACGUUUAGCAUACCAAUUAUCAGGCUGGUAUCACAGUAAGCAUGGUUCAUGUUCUCAGGACACAGACUAUUAUUUUACCUCCCGCCAGUUAAAAGUCCUUUGCACG